AUGUCAGAUUCACAUAACACUCAACUAUUUGACGACCUUUUGAGGCAUUCCCUAAUUAUAGAAUCUUUGCGAGCUACUUUGGAGCAAAUGCUCGCCAAUUCAUACAUAAGGAAGGACAUGGCUGGAAAACUACUGAAAGAAGCAUCGGAGCAAUACCGGCUUCUUAUAAUGGAAAAUACGUAUUUUUUACCUAGACAUUAUAUUUUUGGACAAUUACAACAUUACAAGUUCGGAAAAACGACACGAAUUCUUACCAUCAAGAACCCUAUCAUACAUUUUUACGCAAAUGAGGAUGAAAUACCAGACAGCGACUAUAUGUUGCCCUUCGAUAUAUAUGGUACUAACGACGGUUUUACAACUACUCAAACAGAAGGACCCUCGACGCCUUACGCAUACAGUGAUACUGAUGAUAUGGGCAAGAUGUUAAAAACAAAACAUCCAACAAAAUCUAUAUGCCUCGAGGGGUAUGUACGAAUAAAGGCAAUUUUAGAUAUUUAA